GUUUCCGCUGUCACCUUGACGCAGUGGUGACUCUCCGUCAGUCGGCAUGACAACGCGCUCUCGAGGGCAAACCAGGAACAGCUGACGAGCGCGAGGAUGGCAGCAGAAGAUGCCCAGUAACGGGGACUGCGACGGAAACGGUACCAACGGCAGAACCGGGUCCUGCUCCAGAACCGGGAACGGUUCGGCUCACGGACCGGUCAUGGAGAGAGCCCGACCGGCCACGGUGAAGGUGUCCGCGGUGAGCCUCGCGCUCAGCCUGCUAUCGCUGCUGCUGCUGGUCACCGCCAUCUCCACCGACCACUGGUACGAGACCGACACGCGCAGACACAAGGAGAACUGCGACCGUCACGGAUCCGACUCUAACGACCAGAAGAACCGGGAGAUGCCUAUCUACCACCUGCCGUUGGUGGACACCGGCAGCGGCGGCGCGCGGCAGCGGAACGUGGCGCUGAUGAAGCCCGUGCAUGUGGGCAGCAGGGAGGAGGAGCUGCUGGAGAACUGGCGGGCCAUCCUGGGGAUGGGCAUCCUGGAGACGGAGUGCGGCAGGCCGCUGUUCUCCACCCACUCUGGCCUCUGGAGGAAGUGCUACUUCAAGGGCCUGGACCCGGACAUCGACAAGCUCAUCGACCGAGGUAUCGCAGAUCGCUGCACCGCUGUGAAGUAUCACUUCUCUCAGCCAAUCAGGUUGAGGAACAUUCCUCUGAACCUGACCAGAACCAUCCAACAGGACGAGUGGCACCUGCUGCACCUGCGGCGAAUCACGGCUGGUUUCCUUGGCAUGGCGGCGGCCGUCCUGCUGUGCGGGAGCAUUGUGGUGUCGGUGGGAUUUUUCUGGGAGGAGAGUCUGACGCAGCACGUCUCAGGGCUGCUCUUCCUCAUGGCAGGAAUCUUCUGCACCAUCUCCUUGUGUACGUAUGCAGCCAGUGUGACCUAUGACCUCUCCAGGAACCCCCCUUUCAUCUACGGGCUCCCAUCGGAUGUGGAUCACGGGUACGGCUGGUCCAUCUGCUGUGCCUGGGCCAGUCUGGGUCUCACUGUGGCCUCUGGCUGCCUUGGAACCACCUUUCCUUUCCUGAGCAGGGCUGGAGCGCUGAGGUCCAAAACCACUCGCGAGUCGUCCGUCUGAGCGGCCGGCAGAAUGACAGGAACCUGGUCUGGACCUUGUUUAUUUAGACUGGGUUCUGGACACUAAGAGCUGGAUGCUGGACGUGAGGUGAAGUCUCCGAUCAGAUCAGAGCUGUCUGCUGGACGUUUCCAAUGACCUCCUCUGGUUUAACCACCAACGGUGUGACAUCACAGCUGGGCGUGGCUACAGAUGACAUCUGUGGCCAGGAAACUGAAUCUUUAAUAAUCAACAUGUAGUCGUUUAUCCAUCUUCAGUUUAUUUUGUAACUGAGGUCAGGUUAGCUGCCGAAGUCUCCUUACAUACGAGGCUUCUUAGUCUCUUCAUCUGUGCUGUCCUGACAACAGAACCUCCCGUUCCAGAGUCCAACCUGAACACCUGAACCCGUGAGAGCAGCAAACGGACCAGACAUCGUAUCAGCCGAUGAUCUCAACCUGCAGACUCUCUGUUUGUUAAAGUCAGUUUAAGUCACGUUUUUCAGGAAACUUUUGAUCUGGACCUUCAGACUCAGGUGUUUCUCAGGUGUUUGAAGGAGUAGAACCUGGUUACUGUUAGACGAUCACACGUCCAAAUCUAAAUUAACUUUGAUGUUCCAUUUAGUUCGUUGGAGAAACUUAAUUUAAAUUUGAGUUAGAGUCUGUCAGAGUCAGAAGGAUCGGCCAGUUAGGAACUGGACUCUGAGUUCUGCAGGUUCAGAUCACAGCUUGUAUAGAAACAUGUGAAAAGUUCUGACCCAGUCAGAGAAGAACUGAACUGCUGUUAAAAGCCUUCUGAUGUGAGCUGAGACAGAACCAUGCUACCAGGUUUUACAACAGAACCACUAAAAACCAACA